AUGGCGGCGGUGCGGGGCUUGGCGGGGGCCCGGGCCGUCCGGAGCUGGCUCCGGCUCCCGUGUCGGCGGGCCUACUCCGCCCUGCACGUCGACGACACGGUCAACGGGCUCAGCGAGGAGCAGAGACAGCUCCGACAGACCAUGGGCAAGUUUCUGCAGGAGCACCUGGCCCCCAAGGCCCAGGAAAUCGACCAGAGCAAUGAGUUCAAGAGCAUGCGGGAGUUUUGGAAGCAGCUGGGAAACCUGGGCGUAUUGGGCAUCACUGCCCCUGCUCAGUUCGGCGGUUCCGGCCUGGGCUACCUGGACCACGUGCUGGUGAUGGAGGAGAUAUCGAGGGUCUCGGCCUCCGUGGGGCUGAGCUACGGCGCCCACUCCAACCUCUGCAUAAACCAGCUGGUGCGCAACGCCAACGAGGCCCAGAAGGAGAAAUACCUCCCCAAGCUGAUCAGUGGGGAGCACAUCGGAGCCCUGGCCAUGAGCGAGCCCAACGCUGGUUCUGACGUGGUCUCCAUGCGGCUCAAAGCUGAGAAGGAAGGGGACUUCUACAUCUUGAACGGAACCAAGUGCUGGAUCACCAACGGGCCGGACGCGGAUGUGCUCAUCGUCUACGCCAAGACCGACCCGGGGGCGGUGCCCGCCUCCAAGGGCAUCACGGCCUUCAUCGUGGAGAAGGGCAUGCCGGGCUUCAGCACAUCCAAGAAACUGGACAAGCUGGGCAUGAGGGGCUCCAACACCUGUGAGCUCAUCUUCGAGAACUGCAGGGUUCCUGCCUCCAACAUCCUGGGACAACUGAGCAAGGGGGUGUACGUGCUGAUGAGCGGCCUCGAUCUGGAGCGACUGGUGUUGUCCGGAGGCCCCUUAGGGCUCAUGCAGGCCGUCCUGGACCACGCCAUCCCCUACCUGCACGUACGCGAGGCUUUUGGCCAAAAGAUCGGCCACUUCCAGCUGAUGCAGGGUAAGAUGGCAGACAUGUACACCCGCCUCAUGGCCAGCCGGCAGUACAUCUACAACGUGGCCAGAGCCUGCGACCAGGGGCACUGCACUGCCAAGGAUUGUGCUGGUGUCAUCCUCUAUGCAGCAGAAUCAGCCACGCAGGUGGCCCUAGAUGGCAUCCAGUGCCUGGGUGGCAACGGCUACAUCAAUGACUUCCCUAUGGGUCGUUUCCUCCGCGACGCCAAGCUGUACGAAAUCGGGGCCGGGACAAGCGAGGUCCGACGGCUGGUCAUCGGCCGGGCCUUCAACGCAGCCUUUCAGUGACCCCGGUCGCGCCGGCCCACCCCAGCACCCAGAGGCCUUCAGAGGGGAGCGCUGGAGGGGGGCAGCCUCUGCCCCUCAUGUCUUUACUUCCCUCUCCCUCCCCUUCUUCUCUUCCCCUUUACUCCUGUCGUGGCGAGUGGGUUCCCAUUGAGGCCACCAGGUCUCCCCGGCUGUGCUGACCAAGGCUGGGGAGGAGGAGGUGGCGAUUGUCCCGUUUCCCUGCCGCAGGUCCGCCCCUCCUCCGUUUCACUUCUGGGGGGAGACUAGAUGCCUGUGCCCUCCGCUGCCCACCCCAACUCAGGUGGCGUUGGGCCUGGAUCUCCUGCCCCACCUCAGGCUCCUGGGAUUUCUUCCUGUGGACAAGAAGUGGGGCUGUCCAGUAGCCAGCUCGCUCCAGGGCAGCUGCAGCCAUGGCACCCCCGAGGCUGAAAAGUCUGACCUCUGCUGCUGCCCCUUCUUGUCCAGGUGCCCUUCCUCCUCCAGAAACCCAAUCCACAGCUGCAUUCCACAUGUGUACGAACAUAGACACACACAUGCUCACAUACAUGGCCCUCGUGUGCCCGGGUUGUGGGCCUUCCCUGCAAGCCCAGCUGCAUGCGGUGUAGCCCAUCCCUCUGCCUGCCGGGUUGCUGUGCCAAUGGUGGCUGCUCUGCCCUCCCCUUCUCCACCUCCAGGACUUCGGGAAUUGCCCCAGGGUGGUGCCCCCCUGCUGUCUUUUCCUCUUCUCUGCUUGCCCUGCCCUGCCUCCACUAGCCUUUUAAAUAACACUUUGGCCCUAGAGAGGGUCAGCUCCUCCUGUGGGUCCGGCGACAGCUGGACCAUGCACCCCCCCGUCCACACUCUGCCCCGGCUGGGCAGUUCGCAGUUGCAGCAGGGCAGUUGUUGCAACAGUUGUGGACCCUGGAGCUCAGCUGGCUCCAAGCCGUCUCUUUGCCCCCAGCCCCCUCUGUCCCUUCCCCCAGCUUCCAUCUCUACCCCCCGACUCCUGCGAACCUCGGCCGGGUUUGGGUGACCCUUAGCAGGGCGUGCCUCGCCUCCCCCGGACUCCUGGGGCCCGCGGGGCCGCCUCGCCUGCCCCAGCAGGUGGGAGUAGCAGAGGCCUUGUGUCUAAACCAUCCCUACAUGCCGCCCUGUCCCUACCAGCCAGGUGGGCUCUACCAUUUUGUACCAACCAAAUAAAUCUGUGUUUAAAGA